UCUUGAAGCGAACUUCCUGCUGUCGGUCCCGACCCGAGGAGUGCAGGGCGAAAUUGACUGUAGCCAUGGCUAAACUCUUUUUGCUGUGGUUUAAAGUGACAAUGUUUGGGUUUGUCGUCGAUGCUGUGUUCGAGGAUCAAGUUGGAAAAUUUGACUGGAGACAGCAAUAUGUUGGCAAUGUACUGUUUGCCCAUUUCGACGCACACCUCCAGUCAUCCAAAAAGGUGAUUCUGGCAACUGAGAAAAAUGUUUUUGCUGCAGUGAACACCAGGACUGGAGAACUUUUUUGGCGACAUGUGGAUAAAACUGGAGCGGAAGGGAAAAUUAAUGCUCUUCUGCAUCAUGGACAAGAUGCUGUUCUGGUGGUGGGAAAUGGCCGCAUACUGCGUUCUUGGGAUAUAAAUAUUGGUGGUUUGAACUGGGAGAUUGUGCUGGAUUCUGGGAGUUUCCAGGCAACAUGUUUAGUUGGACAGCAAGACAUGAUUAAGCAUGUGGCUGUAAUGAAGAAAACUGCCUUGUCUCUUCAUUACCUCACAAAUGGUCAUCUGAAGUGGAUUGAAAAUCUUCCGGACAGUGAGACAGUAGAUUACCAGUUUGUCUAUUCUGGAGGAACUGGGGAAGUGUUUGCAUUGGGGGUCCUCCCUCAUUCCCACAUUACUGUCGUCACCUACAGUGUGGAAGAUGGAGAGAUCAUCAAGCAGGUUUCAGUUGAAGCGCCUUGGCUAUCCACCAUCCAGGCCAGCUGUGCUGUGGUCGGCCAGGGAAUGCUGACAUGUGUGGAUGCCACCUCAGCCUCUCUCUACACGCUUGAUAUUCACACACAGACACAGAUGACCCAGAUCCCUCUGCAGUCACUGGGACUUGAUGUAACGCCCGACUUCCAUCCAGUAUUGGUGUCUACCCAACCCAAUCCAUCCCGGUGCCCGCACUCUGAGUUCUUCCUUCAGCUCAGUCCUGACCAUUACCUGCUUCUCCAGCUCAACAAUGGACAGAUAGUCACACUCAGGGAUUUCAAGCCUGCGAUGCUGGCUUCAUUCGCCACCACUGGAGAUAAAACCAUCGCUGCUGUUAUGUCACCCAAGAAUAAAACAGCCUGCAAUGUAAACCUGUUUAGUGCAGAAACUGGACGCAGACUUCUCGACACAACAUUGAGUAUUAAUAUCGAUCCUAAUGGUGGAAAACCAGAAAAGCUCUACGUUCAGGCGUUCCUGAAAAAAGACGACUCUGUAGGCUACAGGGUCAUGGUUCAGACUGAAGACCACACACUCAGCUUCAUCCAACAGCCAGGGCGUGCUCUGUGGACCAGAGAGGAGUCCCUUUCAGACGUGGUGACCAUGGAAAUGGUGGAUCUGCCCCUCACGGGAACACAGGCUGAGCUAGAGGGGGAGUUUGGCAAGAAGGCUGAUGGCCUGAUGUCCAUGGUGCUGAAGCGCCUGUCGUCCCAGCUCAUCUUGAUGCAAGCCUGGAUUGCUCACCUCUGGAAGCUCUUCUACGAUGCGCGGAAACCUCACAGCCAAGUUAAAAACGACGUGAGCAUUGAGACGUUGUCCAGAGAUGAAUUCAACUUACAGAAAAUGAUGGUCAUGGUCACUGCAUCUGGCAAGCUUUUUGGCAUUGACAGCAAGACGGGAACUAUUUUAUGGCGAAACUACUUGGAGAGCGUCCCAUCCAAUGCAGCCUUCAAACUCAUGGUGCAACGGACCACUGCCCACUUCCCUCACCCCCCACAGUGCACAUUGCUCAUCAAAGACAAGGAGACAGGCUUGACCACACUCCAUGUAUUUAACCCCAUCUUCGGGAAAAAGAGCCACAUUGCCCCACCUGCACUGCCUCAGCCAAUACUUCAGUCGCUCAUGCUUCCGCUCAUGGACCAGGAUUACUCAAAAGUCCUACUACUGGUCGACGAUCAGUAUAAGGUGUCUGCCUUCCCCUCGACAAAGAAUGUCUUGCAGCAGCUCCAGGAAAUGGCUUCUUCUAUAUUUUUCUAUCUGGUGGACUCGAGUCAGGGGAGACUGUCUGGAUACAGGCUGCGAACGGAUUUGUCAACAGAGCUCAUCUGGGAGGUCGUCAUCCCCACAGAGGGACAGAAAAUUGUCUCGGUCAAAGGGAAAAGGCCAAACGAGCAUGUCCACUCCCAGGGCCGUGUCAUGGGAGAUCGCAGUGUCCUCUACAAGUACCUGAACCCCAACCUAUUGGCGGUGGUGACAGAGAGCACAGACUUACACCAAGAGCGAAGUUUUAUCGGCAUCUUGCUGAUUGAUGGCGUGACCGGUCGGAUUAUCCACGAGGUGGUUCAGAGGAAGGCUCGAGGGCCGGUUCAUGUUGUACACUCUGAAAACUGGGUUGUGUAUGAAUACUGGAGCACCAAGUCUCGCAGGAAUGAGUUUUCAGUGAUCGAACUGUACGAGGGAACGGAGCUAUACAACAGCACAGUGUUCAGCUCUCUGGAUCGGCCGCACGCCCCCCAGGUACUGCAGCAGUCUUACAUUUUCCCUUCAUCCAUCUCCACCAUGGAGGCCACGUUGACUGAAAAGGGCAUCACCAGCCGUCAUCUCCUCAUUGGCUUGCCGUCAGGAGGAAUUUUAUCAAUGCCCAAAAUGUUCCUCGACCCUCGAAGGCCUGAGAUAAUAUCUGAACAGAGCCGGGAAGAGAACCUCAUCCCUUAUGCUCCAGAGUUAAUCAUCCGCACAGAGUGGUUCGUCAACUACAAUCAAACAGUUUCUAGAGUGCGAGGAAUUUACACUGCCCCUUCUGGAUUGGAGUCCACAUGUUUGGUGGUGGCUUACGGUCUAGACAUCUACCAGACCCGCGUCUAUCCUUCCAAACAAUUUGACGUGCUGAAGGAUGACUACGACUACAUGCUUAUCAGCAGUGUUCUCUUCGCGCUCUUCUUUGCCACCAUGAUCAGCAAGCGUCUAGCUGAAGUCAAGCUGCUCAACCGGGCCUGGCGGUAA